UAAAUUUUCGAAAAAGAAAGAAUCAUAUUGAUUUUGCGCAUGGUGUCUAACAUUUGGAAAAGUUCAGUAUGUUUGCAACAAGCACCCAAAGGCAUUUUUGGAUGUUUAAAGAUGAAACUGAUGUUUCAAAUGCCAGACUUAGUGCAAACAUUAAAUACAUUUCCAGUAGAGGGAGACACAUGACAGUUGCAGAGCGAGAAACACAUUUCUUGAAUGUUGUCGAGGAAAAAAGUUUGAUUAUGAGUUAUGAAUACCAGCUGAGGGACUUCUGCAGAAAAUUCCAUCCCCCCAUGCCCCGCUACGUCAUAGGAACAGCCUUACACUACCUCAAACGUUUUUAUGUGAAUAACUCUGUGAUGGACUACCCACCAAAAGAAAUCCUUGUUACCUGUGUUUACUUGGCCUGCAAAGUUGAAGAGUUCAAUGUUUCCAUGGAUCAGUUUGUUGGAAAUUUAAAAGGAGACAGAGAAAAGGCUGCAACCAUCAUUUUGAAUAAUGAACUACUUCUAAUGCAACAACUUGACUAUCAACUGACUGUUCACAAUCCAUUCCGACCACUUGAAGGUUUGAUGAUUGACAUGAAGACACGUUUCCCAACCUUCAGUGAUCCUGAGAGAUUGCGGCCAGGAAUCGAUGAAUUUCUCGAACAAGUUUUUUAUACUGAUGCUAUACUGAUCUACUCCCCAUCUCAAAUAUCUCUUGCAGCAAUUAUUCACUCAGCGAGUACGUCGAAAGAAAAUGUGGAUGAAUACAUUACAAAAAUUCUUUUUUCGGAAGAUCAAAAGCGUUUAUUAAAUCUCAUAGAAGCCGUGAAAAAAAUCCGUGUAAUGGUGCGGAACGUCCAACUACCUCACCGUGAUACAAUCAAAGCUUUGGAAAAGAAGCUUGCACUGUGCUGCAACCCUGAUAAUAAUAGUGAAAGCCCGGCGUUUAAAAAGAGAAUGAAGCAGUCUUUCGAGGAAGAGGAAUCUUUUGAAGAUGGGCAAUAUCCGUCCGCGAGCUCAGAUCAAGUUCGCAACAUGUUGAUGGGUUUAUCCGAAAUGGGCAAGAUAUGAACGCAUCCCUCGUGCGUUAGCAUUUCCACUCAUGUUUGAACAUCGUGAAAUGUUUAGAAUGAAUGUUUUUUGCUUACCUAUUUUUUUCGAUUUGAUAUCUGUGAAUAUCUGUCGAAUUAUUGUACGUGGCGAUGACCCAUGCUGUACAUUGAAUCAAUGCCCAUGCCACCGCGCACUAUUUACCCAAGCCUGCUGGCUGAAUUGAAAUACAUGAACUUGAAUGAAUGCUAA